GCACCCACUGCAACAACACUAACAGAUGGAUAGAGGUCCGCUGGCAAUCGGAUACAUCCCGUCUCAUCCUACAGAUGAGAGUAAACAAUGGAACAUGUGGCGCAGUCUCUCCUGUUUUCCAGGCCACGACCACCCGCCUCCCUCACCUCCAUCAUCAUGUCAUUUUUCCACCUGCUGCCCGCUGCUUGUUGCCAAGCAGACCGGUCACUGCCGUAGCCAUGAGGGAGUUUCUGUUCCUCCUCCUGGCUGUGUCAGCAGCGUCCUCCAGGUCUCACAGCACCUGGUGUGAGGUGGGUUGCGACUGUCGCGGGGACCUGAGGUUCACCAUCUGCUCGCGGGCCUUCUUCACCGAGCUUCCCGCCAGAGUCCCACCCGCCACCGAGCUGCUUGACCUGUCCGACAACCGCAUCACGGUCGUCCCCGAGCGCUCGUUUAGGCACAACCGCAAGCUGCGUGUGCUCCUGUUGCAGAACAACAGCAUCAGCACAGUGCAGGACGGCGGCUUCUCACAGCUGGAGUUCCUGCAGAAGCUGGACCUGAGCUGGAACCAGAUCUCCACCCUGGGCAAGGGCUUUUCCGUCGGCUUGGCCUUUCUGCGAGAGCUGCAACUGGCCCACAAUUCACUGAGCAGCCUGGACAGCAGCAGCUUCUUGCACCUGGACGGCCUGCAGAGGUUGAACCUGAGCGGCAACAGCAUCCACACCAUUCAGGUGAGGUCAUUUGCCUCCAUGAGCAGCCUGCGGCAGCUGCACCUGCAGUCCAACCGCCUGAGCACUCUGAGCAGCGGGAUCUUCUCAAUGUUGCGCUCGCUGGAAGUCCUCAACCUGGCCGGCAACCAGAUCAACGAGACACAGGUGGGAGUGUUCAAACCGCUCACCACCAUGACGCUCCUCAACCUGGCCAACAACCAGCUGACCAGCAUUUACUUCAAGACCUUCCUGAGCAUCCACACUUACAGCACCCACAUCCUGCUGGAGGGAAACCCUUGGAAUUGUGACUGUGACUUGCAGAGAGUGUUCCGGAAGCUGCGGAGCAUCCAGAGACUCUUCCUGGACGACUACUACAACCUGACAUGCAGGGAGCCUGCAGUGCUGCGUAACUACCGGCUGAUGGAGGUGGACACGGAGCUGUGCAUCGCCGAGACGGUCACCGUGCUCAUCAUCACCGUCACUGUGGUGAUAACCGUGUUGGCCGCCAUGCUGAUGGGGGAGAGGAAGAGGAAAAAGAAGAAGAGGGGGAAGCACUGGACGCAACAGGGAGAACUUUCAGAUGAGUCAGACUAUUGACAUUCAUCCUUUUCUUUUAUCUGCGGAGAUUCAGCACAUCAUUUCCUUUGCCAUUUCAUUCCCAAUUUAACAUCUUUAGACCAGUUUAGAUGUCCCCGACUUUAAAAAAAUCGGUAACGUCUAUUUCAAUAUUUCUUCUCUGUUGUAGUUUUGUGAUGCACAUUCAUUUGACAUUGCUGAUAAAAGUAUAUUUUUUACAGCGCUGGAAUGUGCUCAUGUUGGAAAAAACAUU